AUGGCGCUCUUCACCAAGAAGGACCUGGGGCUGCUGCUGCCGGACGACGUCCCGGGCGACCCCGUGUCGCUGCGUUACACCAACACCAGAGAAGAGACUGAGGUGUUCAAGCCACUGAAGCCCAAAGUCGAUCCGUCCGUGAAGGUCGCGCGGUAUCGGGCCGGCCAAGUGCCCAAGUUCGCGCACGGGUACGAAGAGGAACGUGGCUUUGUGACGGCGAGUCGGCAAGUGCGACGAGUGGUGCCGACGGCCAAAGCGCCGAUCAAGACGGGUCCAGUGCUUCAACGUGGCCGCAAACGCGUAGAGGCAGAGGUGGUGCGAUGUUCGUCGGGGAACACAAAGGGCAAAACAGACGUGAACGAGACAGAACGGGCCUUGCGGGAUGAGGAGGAGGAUGGAGCGAGUGGGCAAGACGUGGCCAAGGCCCUGCAGGAUUCGAGCUCGGAUGAAGAAGAGGACUCGGACAUUGACCGUCGUCGCCGCUUACUGCGCAGCAAGGCAAAGUCUCGUUGUGACCAGAGCAAAGAAAAGAGUGGACCUGCAGAGAUGGAGGAACGGGGCAAGCGGCAGUACGUGGAAGCUCAGGUUGUCAAGCAGAGUGUAGCAGUAGCCCCAGUGGCUGGGACGCAAGACGACCACUCUGCGUCGAGUGGCAGUUCGAGCUCGGAGUAUGAGACCGACACGGACGAGUCGGAGCCCGGUGAAGAGCUCAUGAAGCCCAUUUUCGUGCCCAAGAAAGCUCGGGGUACGUUGAAGAGUCAGGACGAACUUGCAGCGGAAGAAGAGCGACGAGAGAAGCGCGAGUUGGAGAAGCUCGAGGCACGUAAGAUGGAGUCGCGUCGCAUGGUCGCUGAAGAGCUCCGACGCGAGCAGGAUACAGCCAGCAAGUGUGACGAGACGAAUGGAGAGAUGCCGGACGAUGCGGACGGCCUGGACCCGGCGCAGGAGUACCGCGACUGGGAGCUGCGCGAAAUGCGGCGAAUCAAACGUGAUCGCGACCGGAAACAGCAGCGCAGAAAGGAGGAGAGUGAAACGCUGAGGCGGCGCAACAUGUCGGAGGAAGCGCGUGCUGCAGAAGAUGCCAAACUGAAAAAGCACGAGCCAAAAGAGAAGAAAAAGCUCAAGUUCAUGCAAAAGUACUACCACAAAGGCGCUUUCUACGUGGACGACGACAGCAUUCGCUCGAAGGACGACGUGCGCAAGCGAGACGCCACGGAAGCCACGCUCGAGGACAAGUUCGACAAGGAGAUGCUCCCUGCCGUGAUGCAAGUCAAAAACUUUGGUCGCGCUGGCCGCACCAAGUACACGCAUCUGGCGGACCAAGACACGUCACGCCGGGACUCGCUGUGGGCCUGCGACGACGGCAUCCGCGAAAAGUACAAGAGCCGCCUCGGCGGCAUGAAGGAUAUCGACGGGUCGACGAAGCGAAGACGGAGAAAAGAGUAA